GCCAGGCAGGGAAGGAGCCCGAGCCCCUCUGAGGCCUGAUGUCGCCCCUUCCCCAGGCCCUGUUUCUGGUGGCGGCCUUGGCCGGCCUGGGUCUGGGCCUCAGCCUCAUUCUCAUUGCUGCCUACCUCAUCCGAGUCUGCUGCUGCCGGCCCCCCGAGCCCCCCGGCGCCAAGAGCCCCCCGCCCGGGGGAGGCUGUGUCACCUGGAGCUGCAUAGCUGCCCUUCUCGUCAGCUGCUCGGGCAUCGGCAUCGGUUUCUAUGGCAACAGCGAGACGAGCGACGGGGUGGCCCAGCUGAGCGCCGCGCUGCUGCGCGCCAACCACACGCUCUGCGCCCUCGACGGCCUGGUGUCAGAGACAGUGGAAAGGCUGGGCGAGGCAGUGAGGACAGAGCUGACCACUCUGGAGGAGGUGCUCACACAGCGCACAGAGCUGGUGGCUGCCACCCGGGGGGCUCGGCGGCAGGCGGAGGCCGUGGCCCAGCAGCUCCAGGGGCUGGCCUUCUGGCAGGGUGUGCCCCUGAGCCCCCUGCAGGUGGCCGAAGAUGUGUCCUUUGUGGAGGAAUACAGGUGGCUGGCCUAUGUCCUCCUGCUGCUGCUGGAGCUCCUGGUCUGCCUCUUCACACUCCUGGGCCUGGCCAAGCAGAGCAAGUGGCUGGUGGUCGUGAUGACGGUGAUGAGUCUCAUUGUCCUUGUUCUGAGCUGGGGCUCCCUGGGCCUGGAGGCAGCUACCGCAGUGGGCCUCAGCGACUUCUGCUCCAGUCCUGACACCUACAUCCUGAACCUGACCCAGGAGGAGACUGGGCUGGACUCAGGGGUGGGGGGCGUGGGCCACUGGGCCUUCCUCCCUGUGUCCCCGCAGAGGCUGACUCUGUCGCAGCGGGCUCUGGCCAGCAUCCACUCGCAGCUGCAGGGCCUGGAGCGAGAGGCCGUGCCCCAGUUCCCGUCCGCGCAGAAGCCUCUUCUGUCCUUGGAGGACACGCUGAAUGUGACUGAGGGAAACUUCCACCAGUUGGUGGCACUGCUGCACUGUCGAGGCUUGCACAAGGACUACAGCGCAGCCCUGCGGGGCCUGUGUGAAGACGCCCUCGAGGGCCUGCUCUUCCUGCUGCUCUUUUCCCUCCUGUCCGCUGGGGCCCUGGCCACCGCCCUCUGCAGCCUGCCUCGAGCCUGGGCCCUGUUCCCACCCAGUGACGACUACGAUGACACAGAUGAUGACGACCCUUUCAACCCUCAGGAAUCCAAGCGCUUCGUGCAGUGGCAGUCAUCUAUCUGAGCCUCUUCUCCAUGCCAGACUGGAGCCUGUCCCCUAUUCCCGUUCCUUGCCUGGCUGCCGGAGAAGACUCCACUAACCCAGCCUGACGGGGCUCCCACCACUAACAACACCCCUGGCCACGGACACCCCACACAGGACAGCCUCCCUACCCCACCCCCUCCACAUGCCCUUAGCCCUGGGAGAAGGCCAGGGCCCUGGGCCGGCCAGAGGGGGCCCCCCCUUCUCCGCCACCAGGGCCUCCUUGAAGGGACAGGAGUGCCCCACCCCCACCACGCACCGGUGGGCUUAGGGCCCCUGCUCUCAACUUUCAGCACUAACUUGGGAAUGGGUUAAUUUGAAUAAAAGGGAAGACUUUAUUUUACAA